AUGGCGCUGGAUCCAAUUGUUUCCUCAAAUUCAAGCACCAGGAGAUGGACAGACCGCAUAAGCAAUGCCCUGAAAAAAGAAGUUGCCACUGACUUAAAUCUUUUCCCCCCUGUCUGUGUCCUCCAAGUGCCCAAUACACUAACUCACCAAAAACCAGAAGCCUAUACUCCUCAGCUCAUUGGCAUGGGACCCUACCACCAUUUGAGGCCAGACCUAUAUCAAAUGGAAAGGUACAAACUUGCUGCCAUCAAGGACAUUCUUGAGCCAGCUCAAAUCCUCAAUUUCAAGCACCUCUUGAUCGACAAACUCAGAGAGAACGACCUCCUUGUCCGUGCUUGUUAUAACCGGUUUAUGGACAUAGAUGAGGAGACUUUAGCUUGGAUAGUAGCCAUAGAUGGUCUAUUCUUGCUUAACAUCCUCCGUUCAGCGUAUGGAAAUAACGUGCAUGAUGAUCAUGAAAAUAAUAUUGAUGAUACCAUUAUCACCCGAGACUUUAUGAUGCUUGAGAACCAAAUCCCCUUUGUUGUCAUGAAGCAAAUCAGAAAGUUUCUCUGUCUCUCUUCCCCUGAGGACAGAGAAGACACCGAGUUAAUUUCCAUGUUUAGGCGCUUUUGUGAAAUGCAUUCUCCACUUCCUUUGCCUGCAAACAAUGAGUACUAUAGAAAUAAUGUCAAAGAAACUCGGCCUCUUCAUUUGCUCGAUCUUAUGUAUCGUUUAAUCCUCGAUGAGUGUGUAGAUUUUGCUUCGGUUCCUAUUCGAAUGUCAUCCAUCAUUAUCAAACAUGACGAUAAAGAUGAAGAAGAUGAUCAAGAUCAAGAUACACAUGAAAACAUCAUUCACAACUUCGAAGCAAUCUUGGAGGUGCUGGAGCCUAUAGGCCCGAGUAACGUGCAAAAAUUUGUGAAGCCCAUUAACCAGGUUGUAAAAAAUGUGCCAUGGUCAACGAUUUCUGGGUUAUUUAGGAAAGGCAUGGAAAAAAAUGGAAAUGAAGAAAGAGAGAAUAUCAGUACUAUCCCUUCAGCAUCCCGAUUAUGGUGUUAUGCCAGAGUCAGAUGCAGCCCCGUCCAUGAGGGUAUCAGUAGGAUUAAAUUUGAACAGCCUUCUUCAACGUUGUACCUUCCUGUGAUCACCAUGAAUGCUGGCUCAGAAGUCAUAAUUAGAAACUUGAUGGUCUAUGAAGCUGCCAUGUCCAAAUCCAAGCUCGAAUUUGCCAGAUACAUCAAUCUAAUGAGUGGGAUUGUAGAUGCUACUGAAGAUGUGAGGUUGCUUAGGCAAGCUGGUGUUAUCAAAGGGGAUUUGACUGAUAAUGAAAUUGCCACUUUGUUCAGUACCAUGCAAAGGUCAUUUGUGAGGUCUAGUGGAAGCUCUAAUGUGGAGAUUGCCAUGGAGAAAGUCAACAAGUACUAUGACCAGAGGCUAAUUGUUAGGGCUCGUAGAGGAUUGAAGAAAAACAUAUAUGUUUCUAGGAAGUUCUUGACUGUUGCUUUGUCAAUUUCCUUUGUCUUGCUGCUAUUUUUUCAGACAUUCUGCUCUGUGUAUGGCUGCCACCAUGUUUGGGGCAAUACAGACUAG